UCACCUAUUAAACCCAAAUGCAACAAGAGAGAGUGUGAGAGAGAGGGGAAAAAAAAUGGCACCGCCGUCUUACUGUGUGAAUGAGGGUAAAGCAUGUGUGGGUUGGGUUCAGAAAUACUUUAGUGACUGUCUGUGCAACCUGAGUGAUGAAAUCUCGUUCGGCUUCGGUUUCAUCAGUUUAAUAUGUUGGGGAGUUGCAGAAAUUCCACAGAUAUUCACUAACUUCCAAGCUAAGUCCAGCCAUGGUGUUUCUCUUACAUUUCUCCUCACUUGGGUUGCAGGCGACGUUUUCAACCUGGUGGGUUGCCUCCUGGAGCCGGCUACGUUGCCGACCCAGUACUACACAGCUCUGCUUUACACAAUCACUACGAUCGUGUUAGUAUUGCAAAGCUUCUAUUAUGACUACAUUUAUAAAUGGCGCAAGCGUCGUCAGAAGAUUAACAUUGAAGAGGUUUUUGAAGAAGAGAGCAAACCUUUGAGACCAAAGCCAGGCUCUAACUUAGGGGUUCCAAUACAAAAUGGCACACACAAGGCAGUUCCUCGACGGGAGUAUUACUAUGCGUCAGCGAGAUCAAUGAUUGGUAGUGCCACUCCACCAUGUCAUGCCUACAUUAGAGCUGCUAAAAGUGGCCCUUCAGCCAUGAAUUUGAACUUUGAUUCAUCUUCUGAUGAUGAUGAAUCUCCUCCACUUCCUUCUACACAGCCUAGACCUAUCCCUCGUUCUCUGGGAAGCUAUGGAACUUUUCUAGCAACAGCAGUUAACUUUCCCUUGACGGGGAGUGCUUUAUGCAUAAGAUUGAGUGGAAGAAAACUACUCCUUCAGGAGCAUGACAUGCACAGUGCUUUGGGUCAAUGGUUGGGAUGGCUCAUGGCUGCUAUCUAUACGGGUGGUCGCCUCCCUCAAAUAUGGUUGAAUAUCAAAAGAGGGAGUGUAGAGGGAUUGAAUCCUCUCAUGUUCAUCUUUGCACUAAUUGCCAAUGCCACUUACGUUGGAAGUAUUCUUGUACGAACUACAGAAUGGGAAAGCAUCAAAGCGAAUAUGCCAUGGUUGCUAGAUGCCAUAGUUUGCGUGGCAUUGGACCUAUUUAUAAUAUUACAGUACAUCAACUACAGAUAUAUACGGAAGAAACCAACAAGUGCUGAUGAUGGCAAAUAUGAAAACUACAAAGAAGACAGAAAAAGUGUCGUGUAUUGAUAAGUGUUAAUUAAUUUGCUACUAGAUAUUGAUCUGCAGUACUAAUUAGGAAAUUAUGAUCAAUUUUAUGAAUCAUGAACCGUUAAUGCAUGAUUCUUAUAAUACUAAUCAAAAGGUGAAUUUCACCUUC